AUGCCAUCAAGGGCAUAUUUGGCAUUCAAUAUAGAUUCUUUGCUUUAUGGGAAUGUUAACGAAGGCCAUCAAUGGUAUACAAGUCUUAAAUGUGUAAGAAAUUUGGACACAUCGUGUCCUCACUGUUCAGGUAAUGCAAAAAUUUCCAUUGAAGAAGCUAGAAAAAUCGCGACUAAAAAUAAAGGAUUAUGUCUUUCUGAAACGUAUAAUGGUGCACAUACAAAAUUAAAAUGGCAGUGUGAAAAAAAGCAUGAAUGGUAUUCAACCGUGGAUAAAGUAAAAAAUUUAGGUAAAUGGUGUCCAUUUUGUCCAUAUAAGAGACAAGAACUCUGCAAGGAAAUAGUGAUGAAAUUAUUACACCCACCAUCUGAUAUACGUAGACCAUAUUUCUUAAAAACUCCUGAUCAUCCGUUAGGGCUUGAACUUGAUGUAUACUAUCCACGGUACGAUUUUGCUGUCGAAGUUCAAGGUAUACAACAUGAAUGCUUCCAUGCUUUCUUUCACAAAAACCAAAAGGAUUUUGAAAAGCAGUUUGCACGGGAUCAGCUAAAAAAAGAACAUUGUGAUAAAAAUCGGAUAUUACUUAUCAAAGUAUGGUAUUAUGAAGACCUUUAUUUAGUGAUCCCUCGAAGACUUAAAGAUCUUGGUGUCGUCGAUGAUCCUCCAAUAGAUGUUGUGGGUGCUUCAGCUCACUAUCAACCAAAUGGAGGAGGAUUACCAUCAGCACCUGAUGUUGCAAUAUUUCCAAGUUUGAACAUUAUUUCACCAUUUCCAGCUCCGGCCCCGGCUCCACGACGUACACGACGUCAAUCGUUACGACCAAGAAGAAGAACUUCCCGACAUAAUGAGAUUCCUCCAGUUACUAGAACGGGAAGACCUCAUGCAAGGAUCAUGUGUGAAGUUGCUGUGUCUCAAGGUUUAAUUAAUUUGGAAGAAAAAUGUGAGCGCUGGAUGCUACAGGAAUACGUAAGAUGCGUAUUUGCAAUUAAAAUUUUUGACAAAGAUCCUGCACAUUGA